GCAUUCACCACUUGCUGAGCUUCCUCCUCCUUCUGAGACCUGCAGGCAGAGCCCAGGAUGAAGAUUGAGUUUGCUCCGCUCUCCCUGCCGCUGCAGAGGAGGCUUCAGACUGCGGCGGUGGUCCAGUGGGUCUUCAGCUUCCUGUGUCUAGCACAGUGCUGCACCGCUGCCUUCAUCGGCCUCCUCUUCACCCGCUUCUGGCUGCUCAGCGUCCUCUAUGCCGCCUGGUGGUUCGUGGACAGGGAAGCACCGCUCAGGGGUGGGCGACGGAUCCACAUGGUGCGGAACAGCGCAGUCUGGAGACACAUGAGGGACUUCUUCCCCGUCACGCUGGUGAAAACAGCAGAGUUGGACCCCAGGCAGAACUACUUGGUGGGAUUUCACCCCCACGGGGUCCUGGCAGUGGGAGCCUUCAUCAAUUUUGGAACAGAGGCGACAGGCUUUUCCACGAUCUUCCCAGGCAUCACCCCACACCUGAUGAUGCUCUCCUUAUGGUUUCGUGUCCCCUUCUUAAGGGACUACCUGAUGAGCGGAGGCCUUGUGUCCUCUGAUAAGGAGAGCGCGUACCAUGUGCUGCAGAGGCCAGAGGGGGGGAACCUGUUGGCCAUCAUCGUUGGUGGGGCUCAGGAGGCUCUGGAUGCCCGGCCAGGAUCCUGCACCUUGCUGCUGAAGAAUAGGAAGGGAUUUGUCCGCGUGGCCAUUGAGCAGGGCACCCCACUGGUCCCUGCCUUUUCCUUUGGGGAGAAUGAGCUCUUCGACCAGGUGAGCAACCCCAAGGGCUCGUGGCUGCGGUGGAUCCAGCACCGGCUCCAGCAGAUCAUGGGCAUCUCCCUACCCCUCUUCCACGCAAGAGGUAUCUUCCAGUACAGCUUCGGGCUGGUGCCCUACCGCCGGCCUAUCAACACCGUGAUUGGGAAGCCAAUUCCCGUGCUGAAGAAGCACAAGCCAACGGAGGAAGAGGUUGAUCGAGUCCAUCAGAAAUACUUAGAAGAGCUGAGCAAGCUCUUUGAGGAGCACAAAGCUAAAUACAACGUCCCAGAAGACAGUCACCUCGAAUUUAUAUAGAGCUCCUUGUGGAAGGUGGAAUUGUGGACAUCAGGCUCCAAGUUUUCCCUGUCCUUGGGACUGUUUCGCUUCAGCUGUGGGUAAUUCGUGGUCCAUACAGUGUGGGGAGAAGGACUUUGUUUUCCCAGCGUUGUCGUCACUCCUCCCUGUAGGACACACAGGAGAUAAUAAGCAAACAAAAUCCCAUCUGACCGACCCCACACCACUGAAAGUCCCCAGCACAAAGCUCCCAGCUGGCCUCCAUGACAGCUGUUCAAGAUAUUUCCAGGCAGAGACGAAUUGUUGUUCCCUUUGCAUUUAGUUCAAGUUUCAUCUUCCCAGGCCAGCUGGGCAAAGUUUGUGCUGGAAAAAGUUGAUUCCUCGAAGAUACCUGAAAGGAUAUAAAGACCUUUGCUGGGAAAAUCACUUCUCGUGUGAGGAGCUCUGCUUAUAACGAACCUCAGACCCCUCUGGUGGGAAUGCAGCAGCACUGAGCACUUUGUGUCACAAAUGAUGGCAUUUCCCAAGGUGAGAGCAUGGCCAGGAGAUGGGAGAAGUGAUCUGGGACAGGAAAUAUGGCUCACAAAGCCAUGUUUGGCAGGUGCUCAAGGCUUUAAAUAGCUGCUGCUCCUUGAUAUCCAGAACUUUAUUAAACUCUGCGCUUAAUGGGAUUUUGCAGCGUGGAAGUUUUAGGUGGCAGGAAGCCAUCUGCUCAGAUCAGCUUUAUUUUACCCUCAGAGAGUCCUUAUACAAUCACAUCCCCUCUCUCCCUCCAUAUCUUUCUCUCCUUCCCACCUGCGAGGAGCUGCCAGAGACCCCCGGAUGCGUUCCUGUAAGAACUGCAUUUAAGGAGCUGCGCACACAGCUCUGCUCCUCAGCCAGUGAUGCCAGGGCCAUCACUGGGGGGUUUGUGAUUUUCACCUCCUCCCUGCUUCAGCCUCAGUCAAGUUACUCCACCUGAAUGACCGGCUGCACAUCCCUCCUGCUCCCAGAAAACCAGCAGCAAUAGGAAAAAACUGUACGGAGCCCUUAUGGACAUCACUAUCCACUCCUGUAAUCCCCCACUUAAUCCAGUCAAAUAAAGCGGGUCACCUGCUAUGA